CCUAUUAGAGUCUCACAAAGAAUUAUGAUUACUAUUACUGCAGGAUUACUGUUAUUUUGCAUUAUUCUGACAUUACAUCCUUUAAUAAUAUUAAUACAUAGUUUGUGGCAAAUUGCUUGUAAUUCAAACCCAAUUGAUUUAAAACGGACAUUUGGAGACUGGGCAGUUGUGACAGGAUCGACUGAUGGCAUUGGAAAAGAAUACGCGAAGGAAUUAGCAAAAAAAGAUAUCAACAUUGUUUUAAUUAGCAGGUGUCUUGAUAAAUUAAAAGCAACGAAAAACGAAAUACACUUGCUUAAUACGAAUAUUCAAAUUGAAAUCAUUCAAGCAGAUUUCAGUAAAAAUCGAAAUGAAAUUGAAAAGAUUGCUGAUAAAUUGAAAGAUAUUCCAGUCGGAAUAUUAGUCAAUAACGUUGGCAAACUAACUGAAUAUCCCAUGUAUUUUGGAGAACAUUCUAGAACUGAUUUAUGGGAUAUUAUCAAUAUAAAUAUUGCAGCCGCGACAUUAAUGACUCAUUUGGUCAUUGAAAAGAUGAAAAAGAAAAGAAGAGGUGCUAUAGUCAAUGUUUCUUCGGGCAUUGAUACAAUACCAAUGCCAUUGAUGUCAAUUUAUGCAUCGAGCAAAACAUUUAUUCGCUUCUUUUCGGAAGCAAUCCGUGCUGAAUACUCUAAGUAUGGACUUACUAUACAAACUCUUGCACCUUACUAUAUUGAUACAAAAAUGGUCAGCUUUGUCGAUGGCAUAAAGAAACGUCCAUUAAUUUAUCCAGACGCAGCAACCUAUGCUAAAAGUGCUGUAAACACCUUAGGAAAGUUGAAUUCUACUGCGGGUUAUUGGAUCCACGAUGUAUUGCGUUUCAUCGUGAUUAUAUUGCCAAGGUGGUUAACGAUAAGAUACAUCUACAGCGUCAUUAAAGAAGAACGGGAUAAUUAUUUGAAAUCCAAUAAAAAGAAUAACGAUUGAUAAACUCAAUGAUAUUCUAACACUGUAUACUUCGAUUAUUAUGACGUUGGAAAUGAAGAUAUUAAUGCACUUGUCUAUAGACCAUAAAAACUCAAAGUUAUGUUAAUGUAUAUAUUAAGAUGAAUUUUUAUUACAAAUAUACGCGUCUGCCAUCAGCUUAUGAAAUAUUUAAAAAUUAAUAACUCAAAUAAUA